AACUAUAGGAAAUUGAAAACAAAGAAUUCAUUUUGAAUGAUUUGAGAAGAUUUGUUGAGAGUAACGUCUAUAAGGUUUUGUGAGAAAUUGAAACAAAAUUUCCGAGAUACUUUGCAUGGAAUUCUAAGUGAAAUUAACAAUAAUUAGAACCAAAAUGGCUAGUUUGAAGAACAUCAAUGUCAUCACAAGCUCCACCAAGGCACAAGAUUCAAACUUUCAAAACAAAACAAUAGUUGGAAAUAUUGUGAGGAAGGUGUUCAAGAUUCUUUUCUAUCUCCACUUGAUUCUAAUAUCACUUUUGGUGAUUUCCCUCACAAUCUAUGGCCUUAUCACCACCUCUCAAAACCACAAUUUCCACCUAAUGAAUUGGUACCCUCCACUCUUCACCUCAAUAACAUGUGCUGGAGUUUUUGGUUUCAUUUGGCAAUGGAUCACUCUCAAGAACCCUAAAAAGGCCAUAAGAGCAACAUUUUGGCUUAGCCCUUUGCUUACAUGUGCAAUGGCUAUUAUGUUUGUGUACAUUGAAUCUCCAAUAAGUCUUGCAUUUGGUGUUAUUGCUUUGGUUUUUUCAUUGAUUCAAUCUCUUUAUGGUUGUUGGGUCAAUCAUAGAUUUGAAUAUGCCAACAAAAUUUUAUCAACUUCAUUAGUUGAUUUUCCUAUCAAAACCAUGUGGUUAACAUUUUCAUCAAUUUUUAUUGGAAUUAUUUAUUGCUUUUUUCUUGUUAUUGGAAUUGGAGGAGCUAGAGCAAUUGAAAACAAAACAAAAUUAACAUCCUUGUUCAUCUUGUUAAUUUUGUUAAGCCUAGGAUGGAGUAUGCAAUUUCUUAAAAAUGUGAUUCAAGUCACAAUUUCAAGAAUAAAGUAUAUGAAUUUAGGUUUUGGAGAAGUUAUGGACACAAGAGUUGCAUUUAAUGACACAUUAAAGUACUUAAGUGGAAGUGUUUCAAUUGGUUCAAUUUUAGUUCCAUUUAUCUCAACAUUUAGGGGGUUUGCUAGGUCAUUAAAAAUUAUUGGAGGAGAUAGUGAUGAGUUUAUGUUUUCUUGUGUUAGUUGCUAUAUGGGAAUUGCAACAAUUCUUGUGAGUUGUGGAAAUAGAUUUGGAUUUGUUCAUGUUGGAGUUUAUAAUAAAGGGUUUGUGCAAGCAUCAUGUGAUAUUUGGGAUAUGUUUAAUAGGGUUGGAUUGGUGCAACUUAUUGACUUGGAUCUUACUGGAUCAUUUUGUUUCCUUAGUGGUGUGGCAGGGGGUGCAAUUAGCAGCCUAGUGAGUGGAAUUUGGAGCAUUGUGUUGCAAAAGAACUAUGCUACUGAAUUGUCCAUUUAUGCUUUCCUAAUUGGGUACUUCAUGGUUAGGUUGGCUUUGGCAUGGCCACAAGCAUGUGUUUCUGCUUACUAUGUUGCUUAUGCAGAGAAUCCACAAAGCACUCAUUUUGAUUCUACUAUACCAAUGCGCUUGGAACAGUUACAAAGAUCUCAAGUUUAGAAAAUAUUAUGUGAAUAAAUUUU